GGGCAAACUCCUUGCAACAUGUAACCACGGACUUAGAAACCAGUUUGGGACUAUCGAUCUACUGCUUUUCUGGAGACGAGGCAGGCGAGACCAGCAGUAACAAGAGAACUGCAGUUCACAGCGGUCUGUCUGCCUAGGCUUUCCUGAAGCACCUGCGCUGUCCACCAGCAGCGUCAUUAAUCCCGCGAGACGACGGGUCCUCGGAAGGCACAAAAUUCCCCCUUUGCUAGAGCCCAGGUUUUUGCCGUCAAGUUAAAUUCCGGGGUGCGGAAGUACCUUUGUCGUGCCGCCUCUAAUCGCUCAGAGAUCAACCCCAAUUCUACACGGAAAGCUAGGCCUCCGACCGCUAUGGAAGGGCAGCAAGGGCAAGAAAACCUCGCGACCCUAGCGCUUGCCCAAGCUCAUUUCCAGAAGGGCGAGUACGCGGAGGCCGAAGCGCUGUACUCCGCUUACGUUCGCCAGUACGCCUGUGCGGCCUCCGAGGGAGAGGCGCCCGGGAGCAAAUGCAGCCCUGAGGAUUUGGCUACUGCAUAUAACAACAGGGGGCAAAUCAAGUACUUCAGGGUGGAUUUUUAUGAAGCCAUGGAUGACUACACAUCUGCCAUAGAAGUCCAACCCAAUUUUGAAGUUCCAUAUUACAACAGAGGGUUGAUAUUAUAUAGGCUGGGAUACUUUGAUGAUGCUUUGGAAGAUUUCAAGAAAGUAUUAGACUUAAAUCCUGGAUUUCAAGAUGCUAUUUUGAGCUUAAAACAGACUGUUCUAGACAAAAAAGAAAAGCAAAGAAGAAAUUAUUGAAAAUUUUAACUUAAUUGAAAUAUUAACUCAUGAUCCACCUGGCAUCUCAUUGUCUCUAAUUUAAAGCUGGUGUUAAGCUAUUCUGAUUUAUAUUUAAGAUAAAGAGAUUCAUGCAUCAGCACUGAAAGUUAAAUGAUGUACUUAAGGUAGUUAAUUUCAGAUUGAGUAACUAUGUUGAGUAGGUAUGCUUUUAUGAAGUGUAAAUAAGUAAAAAGAAUGUAUAAUUGUAUAUUAUUACAGUAAAAUAUUUAAAGAAA